UCAGUUUCCUCAGACACAACAGAAAACACAGAACCAAAUCUAAUUUUUUUAAAUCCAAAUUCGAAUUUUAAUCGGGCAUGCAAUAUCCUUACACUAGACCCGGAUUCAUCGGAGCUUCAGAUACCCAGACCCGGACUCGGUAUCCGUAUCAAGAGCAGUUGUCUCCGGAGCAAGAACUGUCAGUCAUAGUCUCCGCCUUGCAACACGUCAUCUCAGGCUCAGGGGAAAGCGACACGAAGCCGUAUCAAGGUCUCUCCAGCGACAGUACGGUGAUAAUGCCUCGGUCAGAUUAUAACACUUGUCAAGUUUGUAGAAUCGAUGGUUGUCUGGGCUGCGAUUACUUUUUCGCGCCAAAUCAGAGAAUUGAAAUGAGACAACAUGUCGUAGUAGUAGAAGAAGAUGGGGUUACAAGUACUAGUAGUGGAAGAGAGAGCUCUGCUAAGGCGAAGAAAGCGGAAGGCGGGAAGAUCAGAAAGAGGAGGAACAAGAAGAAUGGAUACAGAGGAGUGAGGCAGAGACCUUGGGGAAAGUUUGCAGCUGAGAUCAGAGAUCCCAAGAGAGCGACACGUGUCUGGCUUGGCACUUUCGAAACCGCUGAGGAUGCGGCUAGGGCCUACGAUCGAGCCGCUAUUGGGUUCCGUGGGCCACGGGCUAAACUCAACUUCCCGUUUAUGGACUACACUUCUUCUCCUGUUGCAGCUGACACUAGUGCAAGUGUGAGUGUGAGUGCGAGUGUUAGCGCAGUGGACUCUGGUGAAGCAGAGCAGUGGCGUGGAGGAGGAGAGUGUGACAUGGAUGAAUAUUUGAAGAUGAUGAUGAUGAUGGACUUCGGGAAUGGAGAUUCUUCGGAUUCAGGAAACACUAUUGCUGAUAUGUUUCAGUGAUAUGUUUCACUUGCUCUUUCUUGUUGGCUUUGUUUUUUAUUGUUAAGUGCAAGAGGAGUGUGACACUGGCUAAUUUAGAGGCUGAAACUAAUGUUUCAUUAGGCUUUGCAGAGGAGGACCGGCCCUGCUUGUUCAAACUGGGCAAGAUUCUCAGGUUGUUCUGUCAUGUAUAGUCGUUUGACUGUACUGGGCAAAGGACAUGUAAUUAGUACUCUCGAUUUUGUGUUUUUUUUUGUAAACUCUAUGUUAAAGAAACUCAUAUUUGGUCUGAACUCUGAAGUAAGAAGGAUGCAAAGAAUCAAUAAACAAAGUGUCAAAUUAACGGCGGAAA